AUAUAAAUAUCAUUCAUUAGGUGAAUCAAACGCAGGCCGACCUGACCUAUAUGCAUGUCAGUUUCCCGCCAUGAUCGACGACUGGCGGAAGAAAUUCCAUGCUGGAUCAGACGGUGAAACAAGUGAUCACUUCCCGUUUGGUUUCGUGCAGCUUGCACCAAAUCGUGCUGGUAACACUAUUGGAGGUUUCCCACCGACAAGAUGGGCGCAGACGACAGACAUUGGCUAUGUGCCAAAUUCAAAUAUGCCAGAUACAUUUAUGGCAGUGGCAGUUGAUUUACCAGAUUUUACUUCUCCAUCCGGGACUAUUCAUCCGACAUAUAAACAAGAUAUAGCAGCUCGUCUAGUUCUGGGAGCCAUGAAUGUUGCCUAUGGUGACAAAAGUGUUGUAUUUCAAGGUCCAUUUCCUACCGAGUAUAAUGUGAACAAUGGUCAACACACGUUGGACAUUACUUUUAACGCCGGGACUGGAAAUUUACAUGUGAACAAUAACAACGGGUUUGAGGUUUGCUGCGCAAGUACGACUUCCGGUUGUAAUUUUCCAACUGCUUGGGUAGCUGCUCCCAUAAAAGUAUCUGAAUCAUCGAAUAUUCAGAUAGAUACUUCCGGUUGCCAUGGAAACUUUCAUGUUGCUGGUGUCAGGUACCUGUGGAAAGAAAGUCCAUGUGCACUUAAGCAAUGUGCCCUUUACGAUAGCAGAACACAACUCCCUGUGCCACCUUUCAUUAAAAUCGAGAUGUUUCAAUCAACGAGCAUCGAUAUCAUCGGUUGAAGAUCGAAAAAUGUUUCAAACUACAGUAUAAUAAACUUUAAGUUGUC